AUGACGGUGGACAAGCAAGAUUAUCACAGGGCGUCCAACGCGGUCGUUUUUGGCGGAGGGCUCACGUUCGCGGCGCUUUUUCUCCUAAUGAUGGCAUUCAUAAGUCCGUAUUGGAUAGAAUCGUAUCAGGAAACGUUCAGCAACUUCAAGCACAUGGGACUCUGGGAAUAUUGCUUCGAGCAGUUCCGCUAUCCGUACUAUCAGUUUGACAAGCAGUUCGACGGCUGCCAUCAUAUAUUUUCGCAAGAAUAUUAUGUCAUAAGAGAGUGGCUGCUGCCGGUGUGGCUCAUGGUAGUACAGGCAUUCGUCACGCUGGCCAUGUUGCUCUCCGUCUUUGCAUUUGGCGUCAUCUCCUUGAUCUGGAUACGUUGGCCAUUGAGAUUCGUCCUGCAUUACGAGUGGAUCCUGUCGUCCGUCGCAUUCGUAUGCGACGCAGUAGCCGGCGCGCUUCUCUUCCUGGCAGUCUCCAUAUUCGGCGGACAGUGUUGGCGCCGGGACUGGUUAAUGUAUCCGAAUUUCAAUCACUUGUCGUGGUCGUACGCUCUCGCGGUCAUAUCGUUCAUGAUCCACACGUUCGCCGCGUUCUUUCUUUAUCUAGACGCGCGGACUGGUUACAGAUUGCGCAAAGAAUCUCGCAACUUGGUGAUGCAAAUGCAACCGAAUCCACAGUCUCAUCACGGGCCGCCGCGAAGCGGAUACGUAUAAUGUAAUAUCAAAUCUCGGGUGCUUUUGAUGAAAAAUUUAAUCUCAGCGCAAAGCUCUCAUCGUUAUUUUUAAUGAACGAAAGAUAGAUCUGUCUCUUAAAAGAGUGUGUACACUGCCUGUGUACGAUUUUAAUCCGUCCAUUUAUAUUUGUUCAUUAAAAAUAGUGGUAAGAACUUUAUAUAUAUAUAUGCUCUUACCGUUAUUUUUAAUGAAUAGCUCCGUGUGAGAGCGGUCGACCGUAGUCGGCAGGUUCCGGAUUCAACCCCGAUCCUCAUUCCAUAUAUGCCUCAGUUUUAAGAAGCAUAUAUUAAGAGAGUUUGAUUAGAGAGUUGAAGGUUACAAGUGUGAAAGAGUAUGACACAAGAAUAAUAACUCGUUUGAAAUGGAAAUCCAUUAACAUUUAUAUUAUUUAAUUUAAUCAUUUAAGAAGGUUAAACGUGUGUUUAAGAUUGUCGCCCUCUCUCUAAUUACAACGAUUACUUACAUUCGAUUUUCUCGAAGCUAAUUUUGCUUAUGCGUGAAUAAUCUCCGUCCAUUGUUUUACUCACGCAUGCACAUGAUUUUUUUUUAUAUCACGAUUUUUAUAUAUAUAUUUUAUAAAUAUUAUAUAAAGUGUAUAAUAGGAUUACAUCAUUUGACUUACAAAUAUAUAGGAAAUUAAU